AUGUCUGCACAAGCACUGCCCGUGGACCUGUUCCACCUUCUCGCGGAAGAGCUCGCAGAACGGCUCGACUUCGCGACUCUCUUCAACUGCGUCGCGAGUAGUGCUCGAAUCGCAAACAGUGGCGCUAUAGCUGCACUGUACCGUAUCUCGCACUCCGCCCCAGUCAAAGGUGGUGGUGGUGAGGGUCUCCCCCUGGCAGAGCAAGAGUUGACGGUGCAACGAUGGUCCAUACUAUGGCGCUCCAUCAUUCUGUCAGCUUUUGGACAGACUCUGCAUCCGUAUUGUCGGCAUCUCCGACUGUUGGAUCUGAGAGAUUUGGCCGACCUACUGGAAAUACUCGACGAGGGCAAGUUCCGCGUUAGGGUUGCGAAGCAUUUCUUCGCUGGCCAGCUCGCACAGUUUCGCUUCGUACAUUCCGGAUCUGUCACCAAAGGGCGACCAGCUCGUUUGGAUAUUAAGAAAAUUGUGACUGCGAUCGGAGACAAGAUGACACAGCACAGUCCGCUAUUGGGAGCUCUCACGGAGCCGACCAAUUCGAACGUGCUGUCGAGUGUGCUAUCAGACUGGGCUCCUCGACUCACGGAGCUUCGACAAUUGGAUCUUUGGGACGGACAAGCCCUCGCCAACGACAUCCUACAAAAGCAGUUGCACGAGCACUGUCCACAUUUGAGCUGCCUGAGGAUCUACACAUCUCUCAACGAUGACGCGGAUCAUGCUAUCGCCACCUUUAUUGAGGGCAUGCAGCCCAACAGCCUGAGCUACUUUGAGAACAUCAGUGUAUGCCGCAUUGGAGCGGAGACAUGUGCGGCUCUCAAUCACCAUGGCCUUAGCUUGAAGUCACUGAAACUAAGUCUGACCGAAAGCGAGCUGCCUGCAAUUGCCUUGCUGCAAGGAUGUACAUCGAUUACCACACUCGCUCUGGCGUCCCCAACUGCCACACCGGACCUCGUGGCCACGGAGAACGAGGCAUUCCUCCAGAUGGUGGUGUGGUUGAACAACUGUGCCGAUCUCCAAGAAGUCAGCUUCACGAACUUUGUUUCCGCUCCCGACUUGCUUCUCCCCGUCUUGCUCAACAAGAAAAUCAAGCUAGAGAAGCUGCAGAUCAACGCCAACGAGGGCGGCAUGUACGUGGUGGGGGAGCAUCGCAACUUUCACCGGGCUCUGAGCCAGCAGCCCAGCCUGAGGCGAUUGUUGCUGCUCGCCGACCCCGAUCCCAUCACCCGAGAUGACAUUGAUAUCUUGAUGGAGGCGUUUACGUCGUUGACCGAUUUGCGAGAGCUUAGUCUGUUCCGCAUCUCUGACUACUUCACUGACACUCAGAUCGGCAUGCUCGCGGAUAGCCUGCCCCACCUUGAGGAUCUCUACGUCGGAGGGUAUGGCAUUAGCGAUGCGGUCUUCAACCGCUUGGCCCAGUUGCAGCACUUGCGGGUUCUCACCUUCAGUGGAAUUACCACGUUUACCGAAUCGGGCAUCAUGAGGUUUGUGACUGAGCUACCUCCAUCAGCUCCACCAGGUGGAAACCGAGGCCUGGUGUUGGCGGUGGACAAUGCCGACCCCGAUACUGCAUUGUCCCAGGAGAGUCAGGAGCGCAUCCGAGAGGCGAUAUCCACCAAACUUGAUGGGAGGUUUGAGUAUCAGCUUCUGCGAGAUCCCAACAUGCCCGAGUUCGACACCGACGACUCGGAUUGA